UCCGUGUGACGUCAUAAAACCUACGCGUCGCGCGGGGGGCGGGAGUUGGCUGACGGUCCCUGGCUGGCUCUGGAGGUCUUGGGACCGCGGAGGAGGCUCCAGACGGUGCAGCGAUGCCUCGCCCACGGCGGGUCAGUCAGCUCCUGGAUCUAUGCCUUUGGUGCUUCAUGAAGAAUAUUUCCAGAUAUAUCACAGACAUUAAGCCUUUGCCUCCCAACAUAAAAGAUAGACUGAUUAAAAUAAUGAGCAUGCAGGGGCGGAUAACAGACUCAAAUAUAAGUGAGAUUUUACAUCCUGAAGUCCAAACUCUAGACCUACGGAGCUGCGACAUAUCAGAUGUUGCUCUCCUGCACCUGUCUACCUGUAGAAAACUGAAGAAAUUAAAUUUAAAUUGUUCAAAAGGGAAUCGAACUUCCGUAACUUCAGAAGGAAUAAAAGCUGUGGCUUCAUCUUGUUCAUACCUACAUGAAGCUUCUCUGAAACGGUGCUGCAAUCUCACUGAUGAAGGAGUCGUUGCUCUUGCACUCAAUUGCCAGCUGUUAAAGAUCAUCGAUUUAGGUGGCUGCUUAAGUAUUACUGAUGUGUCCUUACAUGCAUUAGGAAAAAACUGCCCGUUUUUGCAGUGUGUUGACUUUUCAGCUACUCAGGUAUCUGACAGUGGUGUGAUUGCACUUGUUAGCGGACCUUGUGCCAAGAAAUUAGAGGAGAUUCAUAUGGGACAUUGUGUAAAUCUGACUGAUGGGGCUGUUGAAGCUGUCCUUACUUACUGUCCUCAGAUACGCAUAUUACUCUUCCAUGGAUGCCCCUUGAUAACAGUGGCUGGAUUUGAUGUGCUGGUGUUUUGUCAAGCAUUUUUUAGUCUCUAUUAAUAAAAGAUCCUGGUCUGCAGUUUUAUUUUUAUGUGAUGUCUUUGUCUGGCUUUAGUAUCAGGGUAACACUGAUCUCACAGAAAGAAUUGGAACGUGUUCCCCCUUCUUCUAUAGCCACUCCAGCUUUGUCAUGGUUGCCAUUUAAAUGCUACGUCUUUGUCUGUUCUUUCACUUUCAACAUAGUUUGAACCUAUCUUUGAUUUAGAUUUCCUCUGCAAUAACCAAUAAUAUUUUUAUGACCAUGAAUAAAACUGUAUGUAUCUUACUAGCUGCUUUUUAAAAAAAUUGAAUUAUAAACCUUUGUUUUCCCAAUGAUAAUUUCUCAUUUCUAGACACACUCUGGUUCUUUUGCUGGCAAUAAACCUUGGUAUUUUUGCUUAAUUUUGUUUAACUUAGAAUAAAAUUUGGUCACCAUAUAUGUUGAGUCAAUAUUUUUUUUUUUUUUUUUUCCUACUGGUCUGUGAAAUCUGUAAAUCUAGGAACCACCAAAUUACAGGAUUUCCAAGACUGGGUUAGAGAUACGUUGUACAUAAAACAUAGGUUGUAUCUCUGGAAACAAGUUUGUUAAACUUAUGAAUAAACUAACAAAAUUUUGUCAGUAUUUUUGCUUUAAUUCAGAUUUUGUAAAGACAUUCUAAAGCUGAGAUGGAAACCAUAUCAAAAUCACAACUGUACAUUGUGAAAACUGAAAACCAUCUAUAUGCCCAAUAAUAUAGAUUGGUUAAAUUACAGUGUAUUUAUAUAAUGGUUAUCUAUUUAAAAUCAUGCUUUAUAAUAGUAUUACACAGACAUGGAAAGAUGUUCAACUACAGGUCAACUUGUCACGUUCUGGUGACUGCUACCUCCUCUAACUCUGGGUGUGUUGCAGCUUCCCAAAGUGGUUUAACAUCCCUACUGGCUUUCUUUAAUCCUGCUCACUUUUUUGGUAAAUAUUCCCUUCAUUAAAUCCUGUUCAGCCACCUCACUUCAGUGAGUCAUCUAUUUCUGGCUAAGACCCGGAAAAAGGUUAUUAACCAUUAACACAGGUUAAUGGUGAAAAUAUACCAUUACUCUGGUUGGUGAAAUUAUGAUGAAAUUACAGAGAAAACAACAAAUACCUGUUUUUGUUUGUUUGUUUGUUUUUUAAACAAGUAUUACCAUGAUAGGUGCACUAUACCUAAUAAUAGUGACGGCUACCAUUAACUAAUUAUUAGUGAGUUAGUUGUAUACUGUGCUUUAUAAAUCACUUCCUUUAAUCCUUUAAAUUAUUGUAUAAUGUUAACAUCACCUCCAGUUAGACAUGAGGAAACAUUAAACAUUUUUUAUUAUUGUGGAUUAAUAUAGUUUCAUUGUUUUGUUUUAUAGAUCAUUCACGAGAAGUGUUGGAACAAUUAGUAGGCCCAAACAAACUAAAGCAGGUGACAUGGACUGUUUAUUGAUGCUUUUUUGAAGAUGAUCAACACUAGGAAAGCUUAUCAAAACCACUUUUCCAGGAAACCAUCUAUAGAGAUUUGCAUUCUACUUAAUUUAACAAUAAUUUUAAUUAUUUCCUUGUCCUUAAGUUAUAACUCUCAAAGAAUUAGUUAAGUCUUUGUAUAUACAAAGUUUGUGCUUUAUUCUUAAACAGCUUAGUAGUGCUAUUAUUCAAUAUCUGUUGGAUGAAUCAUUACUUUUAAAACCAUAAUCCUAGCAUGAACUCUGAUCUAUUUUAGGGGGAGGGAGGGUGUUGGAUUUUGUUUCUUAAAUAACAAAGUUUAAAAUUAACAGUUUUCCCUUGAGAUUUCCUUCUCCUAUGUAGGUAUUUUAGCUAUUGUUAUAAGAGAAAAUUUACCUGUAUGUAUAAACCUUGGGAGAAUCUAAGUAAAAGUAUUUCUAAAAGCAUGGUUUACCUUCCUGUUUUCUGGCUCUUACCUUUCUGGAGUAUUUAAAUGCUCAUUUGCCAAAAGCAAACCUGAAUAUCAGGCCUGUUAAUUCUUCAAGAAGAAUUUAGGUAUUUGUUUGCUGAAAUGAAGUAACUUAUUAGCCAUUCAGCAUAUUAGUAUUGCAGAGACUUUUGCCCAGCCACUUAUUUCAUUGAUUUUUAUGGCUACUCUUCCCAAUUACAUUUUAUUCAUCUGUAAGCUUUUCUUCCCUGGCAAAAUUGCAUUCAAAAAUGUGUAAAAAUGAGUAAAUACAGAAUAUCACUGCAGAGAUUUGUAUCCUCAGGUUCUACUGAUUUCACAUUGUGAAAUAAACAGCAAAGGUCUUAGUUUUCAAGUGAAAACUCUUUGGUAAUCACAAAAUUACCUGACAUAUACUAUGCUUAAACUAACCUCCAAGUUUAGCAUAUUCAUUUUGCCAUGAGCCUGUCUUGUUGGGAUUUUCUUAAAAGAUUUCUUAUUUUGCCUCUGAUGUAGUGAAAAACAGGGAAAGUAGGCUAACUUUCUUGUGUAUGUUUGGGGAGUACUUAUUCAACUCCAUUUCUUAUCCUUACUAUUACUUUAUAAAUGUGAUGUGUAUAUAGUGUGGAUAUAUAUGUUGCCACUGCAAAGGUGGUACAUAUGCAUAUAUGUGCAAAAUGGGUAAGGCCUGGUCUAUCUAUGAAACUUUUCUAAAUACAAAUUCAAUAAAAUUUAAUACUGAAUAUUUAACCAA